AUGUUGGAGCAUCCCGGUCCUCAAGGAUGGAUCCGCAUCCCCGCUCACGAGGGCAACUGCUGUCGCGCCAGGACAACCUGCAUCGGCUUGUCAGCUGCCAUCGCCACGGUUGUUUCAACUGCGUUUGUCGUCGAUGAGCCAGUUCCAUUGCUGUUGGUGUCUGUGCGGCUGCUGGUGCCAUCUCUGACCUACGCCUCGCGUGGCGUGGAUGUCUCAUUCGAUGGUGCGGAGGUGCGAGCUCCGGCCUCGAAAGGCCUCGGGACGGCUGGCUCCGUCCUUGUCCUCAGCGGCUUGGGUCUUGUGGUGGGUGUGGAGGCAUCCGUGUUCGUCACAUCGGUGCAGCUUGGUCGGGGCGGAGGACAGACCGUCUUUACGCUGCAGACCUUCAGCACCCCCACGCUGUCGCUCUUGGCGGACGAGCGCUUGAACUUCCCCGGCUACUUUCAAGCUGGGAACGUCCUGGUGGAGGGAAGCCUCCAGGGCGGGCACGUGAGCUCCUCGAAUCCCCUGCUGCAGAAUCUGCCGCCGCGGGCUCUUGAAGUGGCAGUGGUCGUCCUGCGCCUUGUCUUUUCAUUGGCUGUUGUGGUGGGGGACACGCUGAUCGUGACCUGCCGCGGCACUGGAGCGUAUCGUCUCUUGGUGGAUGAGGUGUUGGCCAUGCGAGUGCUUGGCUUCGAAGUUUCUGGGGGUGCGGGACUUCUGCUGCCUCUCCUCGCUGCCAACCGGGGCGACCACGAGAUCGUCUUGCAGUUCCUGGGCAUGGAAGGCCUGAACUCGACCCAGAUCCAGUCGGCACAGUUCGCAGAGCUCACCUUCCAGGCCCUCCCCAGCUCCGGGGUGAACACCUGGAAGAUUGCGAGCUACAGCCAGGGAGCUGUCAGUAACACCAACGAUGGCAGCUUCGCUGGCUUUCAGCCCGUGCUGCAGCUCGCCGUGGAGUUGGCGCCCGAGCGCUCCCCGCCCAAUGCGCUCAUUGCGGUGAAUCUUCAGGUGUCUGCCGACUUGAACCCCGUGGCGACGCAGCUCACACUUGUCGCCCCGCCGGGCUUCUCCUUCCCAACGCUUUGCGGAGAGCUUUGCUCCUCUUUUGGGGAGUUCUUCGCGGGGACCAGCCGGCCUGUUGCGAAUCUCUUGACCACAGCCGCCGUGGGCUUAUUGGAUCAGCAGCUGGUCUUCAACAUCCAGACGCCGCUCCGCACGCCGCAGGUCCUGACUUGGCUGGUGCAGGCCUUUGAUCCAGCUGGCAACCUCCUGGGCUGGGGGCAGGCAGAUGGCUUCAAGGUGAAUCAGAUGCGCGAUGCUCAAGUCCUCUAUGGCGGUGUACCAGGCCUCCAGAACGCUCAGCUCGCCUUCGUCUUCACACUGGAGACCCCCUCCUUGGAGGGAACUUUCAGGAUCGUGGAGGUCGUCGCUCCAUCGGAGAUAUCGCUGUCCUGCGACCGACUGGAGCAUUUAACACUGCCGGAUGCAGUGUGUGCUGAGCAGGGCCCCGGCUUUGCGCGACUGGAGUUGGAUGAGUCAUUGCAGCCAGGAACCUUUUCCUUCACAGUCACGGGCGAGCUUCCAAGCCAGACCCCGCAGCAGAAUGUCUUCUCCAUUGUCAUCCGGCGGUCACCAAGUGAGCACGUGGUGGAUGCUGCCUUUGACUUCGUUGGCUGGCAGAUCCGAGACGUGUCGAUCUCCCAGCCUGUCCUGGCGUGGUCUACGGCCAGCUUUCAGGAGAUAUCCACUGUUACCAUCUCCUUUACGGUGCAACUGGCCACCAUUGCGCUCCGGGCCAUGCUAAUUGGUUUGCCUCCUGGCUUUCAGCACCGCGUCCGAAGUGUGGAGGAGUUCAAGGUCUCCAACCAGCGAUUGCCGCUGCUUAAGGGAUCGACGGACUGGCUGGAUGUGUCAGUGUUGGACCGUAUCCUCAUCUCCCUUGAGCCCGAGGAUCCUGCAGUGGACGUGGGGACUUACAUGUUCUCGUUUCCGGUGGAGAUGCCGGCGGUUGCAGAGCUUCCGUCUGUGAACCUUUGGCAGCUGAGCUUCUGCAGCAGCCGCUAUUGUGUUCACCCCAAGGACGAGGCUGUGCUCGUCUCCUUCCCUCUCCCCGGCUUCUUGCCGGGUGAUGUCUCUUUGCUGGAGCAGCGCCGCCAGCAGCUCGCGCAGGAGGCAGCCGGACGUCCCGAGACCGCCUCGGCACGUAUGAUGCGCUGGAGCAUUCUUGCGGGCGCGCCUGUGCUUCUAUGUUCCUAA